AUGGAGAUAGGUAAUGAAAUUCAUCAUAUGGUACUCUCACCAAGUAGACAGGUUGCAGAAGAUGUGCUACAUAAUCAAGCUGAAAGAGGGAGAGGGAGAGGGAGAGGAGGGAGAGGGAGAGGAGGUAGAGGGGGAGGAGGUUUAGCAGAAGCUAUGCAUGUUGUUGAACCAAUAGUGGUCCUAAGGAGGAGUCCUAGGAAACAAUCACAAAAGCAACCUACCCUAGAAAUUCAAACCAUUCAAACUCUAGUCAACCCAACCCCACAAAUUCCAACUCCAAUCAACCCAACCCCACAAAUUUCUGAUCAUGGAAAUACUUCUGAUCAAGUUGGUUCAUCUAGGUCUUCUAAGGUUUUUCCUACAAUUAAAAGGAAGGUGCCUUUGACAACUGCUAGGAGGAAAGGUCUGCAAGUUUCUGUUAGUGAGGGAAGUAAUAGUUUGAGUCAAGGGGUUAAGAGCAGAAGGACAGAUGCACUCACUGUUAAUUUAGGUGAUGAUGAUCAGAAUUUAGUGAGUGAUGAUGAUGAUGAGGAAGACAAUUAUGAACCUGUUGGGGGUGAUGAAAAUGAGGACAGUGAGGAUGAGAGCCUUGAUGAAGAAGACCAAGAAGAGGAAGUUAGUGGGGCUAUUAUUCAUGAUAAUUUUGCUGAGGUAUUUGAUGAUGGCGAUGAUGAUGAUAAUUACUUCAUGAGGUUGUACAGAAAUGGAGAGUUAUACAAAGAUGAGGAAUUUGGGAAAAUUAUUCUUAAGCCUUGGAAAUUGUUUACUGACAAGCAGCAUUUGAGGGAUGUGGUAAGGGAUUAUUGCAUCCAAUGUGGUUUUUUUGUGGUAGUUGAUAGGGCAACAAACUUGAGGUACACUGUACUUUGCUCUGCUGAAGGAUGUGAAUGGAGGUUGCAUGCAUCCAAGCUACCUGAUGGGAUUACAUGGGCUAUUAAGUCCAUAAAAAAUCCCGAGCAUACUUGCAGUGGGUUGGAUGUAAAUAACCCUAUGGUUAGUGCUUCAUGGGAAUCAAGAGUCUUGAUUGAAGACAUUCGGGCUAAUAAUGAUAUUUCUGCCAAAUCUGUAAAUGCCAUUCUAUUUCAAAGAUUUGGUGUUCAGAUGGCUAUAAGCACACUAUACAGGGUUAAGCAUAAGGCAUUGGCUGAAAUUCAUGGCUCUCAUGAUGAGUCUUAUGCUUUUUUACCCAAGUAUUGUGAGAUGAUCAAGUCAACCAAUCUUGGGUCAUUUGCAUUUUGUGCUUGGGUUCAGUUACAGGAGCCUGAAAAACCAUUGGUUUUCAAGAGCAUUUUCAUUAGUUUUAAAGGAGUUCUCGAUGGUUUAAAGGCCUGUAGAAGCUUGAUAGGGGGGUAGAUGGUGCACACCUUAAGGGAAAUUAUGGGGGUGUGUUGUUGUCUGCAGUAGCUUUAGAUGCCAACAAUGAGUUGUACCCUUUUGCAUGGGCGAUUGUAUCUGGAGAAGAUACCGACAAUUGGUGCUUUUUUGUGUGGCAUCUGAAGAACAUGUUGAAGGAUCUUUGAAGAGGGAACAACUGGUGCAUAAUCUCAGAUCGACAGAAGGGGAUUAAUUUGUCAUUAAUUGAGUUAUGGAAUGAAGCUGACAGAAGGUACUGUUGUAAGCACCUUGUGGCAAACUGGAAGAAAGCAUUCCCAGGGCCAUUAUUGUUUUCUCUUUUCUGGAAAUCAUGUGGUGCAUUCUCACCAUUUACCUUCAAGAAAGCCAUGGAACAACUUGACAAAGUUAAUCAAGCUGGGAGAAAAUGGCUAUCAAACUUAGGAGAUCAGACAAGGUGGACUAAACACAAGUUCAACACUGAGCUAAAGUGUGAUGUCAACAAAACAAAUUUUGUUGAAAGUUUUAAUGCGACUCUGGGACUGGACAGAUGUAGGCCCAUGUUGACCUUACUUGAAGGGAUUAGAAGAAACACUAUGGUUAGGAUCGCUUCAAGAAGACAACAAUGUGAAACUUGGGAGAGGCAAGAUAUCUGUCCUAACAUUGCAAGAAGAAUCCAGAAGCUUAGUCAUGCAAGUAGGGACUGCAUCCCAUACAUGGCAGGGGAAGGAGAGUAUGAAAUCCUAACUGGCAAGUCUGUUCUCCCAGUUAGCUUAAACAAACACACUUGCUUGUGUGGAGCUUGGCAGCUAACUGGUAUACCAUGUAAACAUGGUAUUAGAGCAAUAAUUCAUUCAAGGUUAGAUCCACACUCAUUUGUGCAUGAGUUGUAUUCUGUGAGCAAAUACAAGGAAGCUUACAGCUCUGGUAUCAAGUCUAUCCCAGACGUUGAGCAUUGGCCAGAGAUUAAUAUGCCAGAGAUCAAGCCACCAAUUGUGAAAAGGGCAAUAGGGAGACCUUGCAGAAAUAGGAAGAGAGCUGAUGAUGAAGAAAGGAAGGGUAAAAGGGCUAAGACCGUAAAAUGCAGUAAGUGUCAGGCAUAUAUGGACACAAUACUUUGACCUGCAAAGGAGGUCUGACAUUAAAACAAAAGGCAACCACUAGUCAUAAGGGAAAGAAGAAACAACCUGCAUCCCAACAGUUCAAUGCAUCCUCCUCCCAGCCAGUAAAAGGAAAGAAGAAACAACCUACAUCCUAGCCUUGAAUCUGGAGAAGAUGUUUGAUUAUUAAGCCGAAGUAGAUUUUUUUUUAUUUGUAACUUAACAAUGAAGUGUUAACAUGUUCAAGCCUUGUCAUUUGAAUACAUAGUAUUAGUUAAGUGUGGGUGAAUAUGAUCUUGACUUUUGGAAAUUAUAUUCAUGAAAUUUAUGUUAACAGUUAUGGCAGGGUAUUAAUUUUGGUACUA